UUAAAAAUAUCGUACUGCAGGGGGAAACAGCAUAGUUGUUGUGUGAAAAGUGUACCAAUUACUGUGAACAACUAUUAGGCCAGGUGUUUAUUCGCGACUCGCUUAAGUCUCGCUCGUCUCCUCCGCCGUGCGGCUUCUUUUCGGUUUUUUUUUUGCACCCAAGCCAAAGCCAAAGUUGCGCCACUCACACUCCUACUUUGCGGCCGGGCCGCAGCAUUUCCAGCAAAAUGUCUUUGGAUGGCGCUAAAUUGCGGUAUGUUGACGAAAGCGGCUUGCCCGUGGUUGUGGCGGCCAAAGGACGCACCUUCCAGGUGGGUUCGUAUCUGAGCUGUGACCUGGUCCUGGAUGGGCCCCAGGUUGAGGAGCUGCUUUGCGAAAUAAAAUGCGACGCCUUCGGCAGGGUAACCAUCAACAACAAAUCGCUUAAGGAGCUCGUCCAUCUGAACGAUAAGGUUCUGCAUGGCAAGCGGCCGCUGCUACAUGGCGGACGCAUCACCAUACUCAAUCAGGUCUACACUUGGGAGUUCCCCAAGAUCUCCGAGACGGAAGAUGUGCCGCGCACUCCCGAACGCCUGUCGCCCGUUGAGCAGGCUUCCAACUCCUGCCCAUCCCUGAAGUUGCAGUCCCACCGUCCUCAGAUCGACAAGCGUUUGACCGUGCACAACUUUCGCUAUUGCAUCAAUUCGGAUGACGAGGGCAACACUUCGAUUGAGUCGCGGGAUGAAAGCGAUGCCCAUGUGGAGGCAGACGAAAGCCAACGCUGCAAGACUCCGCCAAAUGCAGACGACGAGCCAGCAGCCGAAGCUGGUCAGACUCCGAAAGUAGAUCUUCUGGAUGCCACGCAAAACAAAGAGAACACCGCCACCCCACCAGCCAGUCACAAAAAGCUGCUGAAGCUCUGUGCCCUCUCCGAUGUGGUCAUCACCUCGUUCUCGCCCCGCGAGACUGGUGUCAAGACGGAGAAGUCCUUCACAUGUGUCCGCAAACCCAACGUGACGACAAUCUCCACGCCCAAGAGCGUCUACAGCACGCCAAAGAGCGUGCUGUCGGAGCUGAAUGAGGACAGCUGCAGUCGGGAUCUGCUCGACUUCAGCACACCAUCCACAUCGAAGAAGACCCGGCGGAAGACCUCCAUGUAUCUCAUUGACCUGACAACACCACAAAAGCUGCGUCCCACGCUCAAGCAUACGCCCAUCAUUGUGUCCGACAGCGCCGACGAAUCGUCAGGUGCCUCGCCGCUCGUCAUAGACAUAACCCAAGCGGACACGCCGCCAUCUCCAGCUCCAGCUCCGUCGCACCAAGUGGCCAAGACACCCAAGAGACUGGCGGCUGCGGCGACCCCCAAGCGAACGCCACAGUCCCUGAUGAAACGGGCUCUGCUGACGAGUACCAAAAAGCAGAUUGCUGCCAAUCGAGCAGAGCCAACCACGCCUGUGGCCGCGCCGAAACGACCAUCUCUGCUGCAGGCGCGUCGUCAGUGCCUCACCACACCGACUCGUCUGCCUUUCCAUCCACUGAAACGAACCGCUGCCCAACGAGCGGCCGAUCAGGAGAAGGCCAAGACACCCAGGACCUCGCCUCGCAAGCGACCAUCUCUGUUCUUUGCCAGUCCCCGGGAGAACAAACUGUCCCAGAUGAGGCAGUCCCUGGCUGGGGCCAGGCGCAGUCCCAAUGUGGAAAUGAGCAACAAGUUGGUGUCCAAGGCUCGACGCUCCCUCAGCAACUCUCCCAGGGAUGGUUCCCCCAAGCUAGGGUCGCCUAGGAUCGGGUCACCCAGGCAUGGAUCACCCAAGCCAGCCUCGUCCAUCGCCCCAUUGACACCACAAACGAGCGGAAGCGUGGGGAAGGAAUUAAAUAUAUCCAAAAGCAAAUGCUCCACCCCGGAGAAGCUGGACGACUCUGGGGAUGAUCUGAGCCGCACGUUUACCAUCAAGGAUGAUGAUGAUGAAAGCGGAGGAGAGCCAAGCAGAGCGGGAUCAACAGUCGAGGCUUUUGCUUCUUUAAUGGCCGGAGAAAUGGGCAGCACUAAAGCCACCCAGGAGGUCAUAGAAGACAGUUUAAAGAGUCUCAAAACAGCGGUAGCCACUGAAGAGCCACCAGUAGAUGCAGUAGAUGAGAUUCCCAUUAUCGAGGAUAGCAUAUGUGAAGAGAUUCACGUAGAUUUGCCCGAGAAAAUCGUCGAGGGUGCGGUUUUGAUUGACGACAGCAUUUGCGAGGAGCUCCCCACAGAUCCGAAAGCCAAUGCAGAAGAAGCAUCACAAAAGGACCAACUGGAGAGUCUGGAGACGAUUGAAGAGGACAAAACUUCCCUUGUAAAAGCGUCAACAGUUGAGAAGCCGGCUAUGGAAGUGGAGAAAGAAGCUCCAGCUUUACAGACACCCCUGCCUCGAAGGAGUUCGCGGCGCCUCUCCGCUGACCAGAGGACUUUGGCCACCACUCCGCGACGCAGCACUCGCCGAGCCUCUGUCGAGGUCAAUAGCGGCCAGAAUGUAAUCGGCCAAUGCACGCGACGCGCCUCUUGCUCUGCGGCCGAUACACAGGCCCUGGCCACGCCCACGCGAAAGCGUCGUCUGACAGAGGAGAUGGGCACGCCAACGCGGCAGUCGAAGCGCCUGCUAAACACGCCCAAGCGAACCAAUUUAGUCGAUGAAUCCGUCGGCGACAUGGGCGUCAUUGUGGAGGAAGCUGCUCCGGCAGAUGAAAAAGAAAAAGCGGCCGCUGAAGACGAGGAUUACGGCACGGAACUGGCCACAGAUGAGCCCGACAAUGUGGACUAUCAUGGCCUGAGGGAUAUGCUAAAGACGCCCAAGAGCUGCAGCACGCCGUUGUACAAGGGCUUGCGGGAACUGAUGCAGACCCCCAAGAUGCCUGCCUCGCCCAUUCUGGGCAACAUUGAGGAGCUGCUGGAGCGCUCUGACAGCGUCUCGGACACGCCGCGAAGGAGCAGGCACAGAGCACCAGCGGAAGAGCCAGAAGGCAGGGACCUCGACCGUAUUUUGAAGACACCCAGUGCCAAGAACAUCAUGGUCCCCAAUGAGCCGGCCAGUGCGGUGCUACAUUCGCGCAAGGAUUACACCAGCGACUCGGUGCUGAUAAGUUGCAAUUUGAGCGUUGGAAGGCACACUCUGCCCCUGGACAAUAUCUUCCACGAUGUACCCAGCACGUCCGCUGUCCAUGCGCACGACAGUGAAUUCGAAAUAAAUGUGACUUCCAUCAGCACAGCCACUGACGCCGAUCCCCUGGCUGCCUCCAAGCGAAACGAAUCGGUCUCGUCGGAGGACCUGAUGAACUUGAGUGCUGCCACGACUUACAGGAAGACUGCGACGACCAGCACCACCUACAAAGCUGCCAUCAGGGCGGACCUAAACCUCAGCACACUGACUGAGGAGAGAGGGGCGUCCAGGGACACCUCGCCAAGCGUCAACGACAUAAGCGGCAUCCAGCUGCUGGAUCAGACCUCGGAUUCGAUGUUCUCCGACCCUCUGGUAGUGUCAGUCUCUGGUGUUGAAUCGGGCGACGUGACCGUGGAGGAGACCAAGGCUCAGACCGUCCGUCCGCCAUCUGAACCGAUCCCGAGUGACGAUCGUUCCGACACUGACUCAAUCGUGGGUCUGAGCGAACCCUUGGUGUUCAGCGAUGAUGAGGAGACAAUCGCAGAAAAAGACAUUCCCCACAAGAAGGUGGAAGAAUCUGCUGUGACAUCGCCCAACAAACACGCUGCCACAGACCCAACUAAUACAAAUGGCAAAGAUAUACCUAUAUCCGUCGAGGAAUCCAUAGAAGCCGUCGAUUCUUUAGUCGAUGAGAUUUCGUUGAUCGAAGUACAAGACAUCACGACUGAAAGCAGCAUCAAUGCCACCAAAGGCAACACCAUGUCCAACGACUCUUCAAUGAUAAUUGAACUGGACUUAAGCGAAGACACCAAAGCACCGCAGGCUAAAGAAACGGAUGUCUCCUCUGUCGUGGAGGCUACGAUUACCGAGUCCGAGACUUAUCCUCUGGACUCUACAAUCGAAUAUUCGGCCAUUGAGCUGAACGUCUCAAGCCCAGUCACAGCUGCCAAACCGGAAAUACUCGUAUCAGAAGUGGAAGCAUCGUCCUCCAAGGAGUUGCCAGAGGAAAGCGCAGCCGAAAAGUCUGAGGUUGAAGUUGAAUCGGCACCCAAAGAGCUGCCAGAAGAAAGCAUCACAGACAAGGGCACUGAAAGGAAGCCUGUGGAAGAGAGGUCACCAAUCAAGGAGGCCCCAGAGAGUGCAGUCCGAGACAUAGAUGAGGAGGAGAAGGAGAGUUGUGAAGAAUAUCCAGCUCCAAAGGAAAAGGAAGAUACUCCAUCAGUUGAGAAUAGUUUGGAUAUCAUUGAGCAAAUGCCAGAAGCAAAGGAAACGCCAACCGAUGUAUCUUUGGUCGAAGAAGGAUCUGAGGUAGAGGAUAUCCUGGGACUGUCGGCUGUUGUAAACGCUGUUCAAGAUACAAUUGACUUCGAAGAUCCACAGACACUAUCCCAUGAGACGGCUACAAGCACAGACGAACCCGAACACAAAGAAUUGGAAGCUUCCAGUGCGCCCAAGCCUGCUGGGGAACAACAAAGCGAAGCGUCUCCUGCUACAGAGUCAGCAAGUGAACCAGCAAAAGAAGCCCAUAGUCUGGAAGUGGACUCAAAUGUAGUGGACGUGACACAAGACAUCAGCAGAGCUGAGAGUCCAAAGGAAGCUGAGACACCACCUGAAGAUGGGGCAAUUCAAUUGGAUGCAUUCAGCAUUUUAGAAACUGUUGACCAAGAGUCCACGUCCAUCAUCGAUCCACCGCAAGAAGCUGAUGUGGUGCCAGAAAAAUCUUUGAUUGAAAAGUUACCAGAAGAGUCUUUGAUUGAAGAAGUGCCAGAGGAAUCUUUGAUUAAAGAGGUGCCAGAGGAAUCGUUGAUUAAACAGGUGCCAGAAGAAUCUUUGAUUGAAGAGGAGCCAGAGGAAUCAUUGAUUGAAGAGGUGCCAGAGGAAUCGUUGAUUAAAGAUGUGCCAGAGGAAUCUUUGAUUGAAGAGGAGCCAGAGGGAUCUUUGAUUGAAGAGGUGCCAGAGGAAUCGUUGAUUAAAGAUGUGCCAGAGGAAUCUUUGAUUGAAGAGGAGCCAGAGGGAUCUUUGAUUGAAGAGGUGCCAGAGGAAUCGUUGAUUAAAGAUGUGCCAGAGGAAUCUUUGAUUGAAGAGGAGCCAGAGGGAUCUUUGAUUGAUGAGGUGCCAGAGGAAUCGUUGAUUAAAAAUGUGCCAGAGAAAUCUUUGAUUGAAAAGUUACCAGAAGAGUCUUUGAUUGAAGAGGUGCCACAAGAGUCUUUGAUUGAAGAGGAGCCAGAGGAAUCGUUGAUUAAAGAGGCGCCACAAGAAUCGUUGAUUAAAGAGGUGCCAGAAGAAUCUUUAAUCGAAGAGGUGCCAGAGGAAUCUUUGAUUAAAGAGGACCCAGAAGAAUCUUUGAUUGAAGAGGAGCCAGAGGAAUCGUUGAUAAAAGAGGUGCUAGAGGAAUCUUUAGUCGAAGAGGUGCAAGAAGAAUCGUUGAUUGAAGAGGCGCCAGAGGAAUCUUUAGUUGACGACUUGCCAGAGGAAUCUUUUAUCGAAGAGGUGCCAGAGGACUCUUUAAUUGAAGAGAUUCAAGACGAUUCCAUUGCAUUGGAAACCACGCUAGAUGAAAUUCGACCUGAGGAUCAGCAGACCAAUGGUCCCAAAGUGGAAGAGCUGCCCAGCCGAAACCAGAAAGAGGACGCGUCCCCACUGGACGUGCCUAGCGAUGCGGAGGCAAACGAGAAACCUGCAGCUGGAGGGCAGGAUGGCAGCACGAAAUCCGCAAUCGACACAGCAAAGGAAACAAAUAAUCUGGAUGAAUCAACUGCCGGGGAUCUAGCUGAAGAUGAGGUGAUUCAAUUGGAUGCCUCAAACCGACUUGAAGAUGUUUCCACCGUCGAGGAAAUGCCAGAACCUGAAGCAUCUCCAGCCGAAGAACCUGCAGAUGGAAAGGAUAAAGAGGAUGCCAUUCAACAAGAUGCAAAGCCAGAAGACACAACCCAAAACGAGAGUCCAAGUGAAGGUCAACGGAGCAAUGGCCAGGAUGCGGAAACAUCGGCCUCGGAAGCUGCCGAGAAAACGUCUCCCAGCGACAAAUCUGUUAUCGGGAAACCUGAAGAGGCUUUCCUUCUGGAGGAGUCAACAGACAUGGAGUUAACGAAGGAUGAGUUCAUCCCGGAGGUCGCAAAGGAAGUCGAGAAAUCCCCAACGAAGGAACCUGCCAGAGAGAACGGAAAUGACGAAGAGGUCAUCCAAUUAGAUGACUCCAACACUUUUGAAGAUGUGGUGGCCACCUCAGAUGGUCGCAAAUCCCCAAGCGAUGAACUCCUUAAAGCAGUUGAUGAAGAACUCGCCCACGAAGCGGAGACAUUGCCCUCGGAACAGACUUCAGUCCAGAGGAAAUCGACUAACGACGACAAAGUCAUUCCAGGGGAUGCCUCGAGCAAUGCAGAAACGCACGAAGCCGACAUCGAUCAGUCACUUUCUGGCCACACGACGGAGGAUGAGAUCACUGCUGACGUCUCAGCUGUAGACCCUAAAGCAACGCCAACAGCCACAGCCAUUGAGUUACCCAAAGAAAUUGAAAUGAAGUCCACAUCUGAGGCGGAAGUCAUCCCCGAGACUUGCACAACCAACGAAGCGGCUGCUUCUCCAGAGGAUUCAACUUCUGAGAAAGUUUCGGAAGCAACUCCGAAUGAACAUAAAGUCGAAGCGAUUAUCUCAACACCAGAACGGAAUAUUCAACAUGAAACUGAAACAGAAACCGGACCUGAAGCUGAGCAAAGAGGUCCAUCCCCUUCAGUUGAGGCGCCUGUAGAUGCAGCGAAAGAACUGCCUCAAUCAACCCCAGGAAAAGAAGAGGAAACAUCAGAGAUUGUUUUGCGAUCUACUAAGGAACCUGCUCUUAGUGACCCAUGUUCUAUCGCUGAGGGAUCUGUCACCCCACCACCUGCAGUUCAUCCUGUUAAGAAUCCAUUGCCUGAAAAGGAAGAGGAAUCCGCACAGACUGAAAGUUCUGAAGUUCCUGUUCCCAGUGCUCCAACUUCUAUCGUUGAGGAAGGCACCCCUUCUCUUGCAGACGAGAAGGCAUUAGGGGAAUCAAAGGAACUGCCCCAAUCAUCAGCACAGAAAGAAACAUCAGAGAUUAUUUUUGAAUCUACUAAGGAACCUUCUCUUAGUGCCCAAAGUUCCAUCGCUGAGGAAAGCACCCCAUCACCUGUAGUCGAGGUUCCUGGACCAGAAAAAGCAGAGGAAUCCGCACAAACUCGCUCCGAACAUUCUAGGGGAUCUGUUCCCAAUGCUCCGACUUCAAGCGUUCAGGAAGAGCCCGCUCCACUGGCAGUUCAGGAGCCAUUGGGAGAACUCUCUCAAUCAUCACCAGACAAAGGACAGGUAUCAGUAGAGAUUCGAUCAGACUCUACUAAGGAACCUGCUCCCAAUGCACCGAUCUGCAUCGAUGAUGAAAGCACACCUUUAUCCACCGAGGAAAUACAAUCAGUUUCCUCAACAUCAGAGUCUGAAGAAGUAGUCGAUGAGACCCCCACAAAUCAGUCGAUAAUCGGCUUGAAUGCUGCAAACAAACCAUCUGCAAGUACAGGUCAAAGUGCGAACGACGAGAUCCAAAUAAUAUCAGACGAUAGUCAGUCAGUGUCGUCCCCGAAAGAAGAAACUUCCAGCCAAGAUGACGACGAAGAUGACGAUGAGGAUUGCGAUGAGGCCAUGGACAUGCUGGAAGAACAAGUCGAUCCUGUGGAUCUGCACGUGAAUAGAAGGGAAACCACCACCAAAGUGUUCCCCUCUAAGGUCCAAAUGGAUGAUGAUGUGAUUGAGUUGAGCGACUCAAAUUCGAGCCACGAUCCGCAGGAGAAAGUACCAACAGAAACUACAGCAGCCACAGUGGAAGCCGCAACAGAAGCCCCUGAAGCAGAGAAACCUUCGUCUUCGGGUGCGCCCGCUGGGGUUGUGGAGCCCAAAGCCAUGUCUGUUAAAUCAUAUACUACUGGUUCUGCAAAGGAAGAUGAAGUUGCAGCCGCAACCGCCCCUGAAGAUACACCAAGAGAGGCCGCACUCGAGCUUACUCCGGCCCCAACUGAAACGACAGGUGCCUCCGUAUCCGAGACACAAACACUUGGAUCCGCUCUGGAUGAAGAACAGGAUAUCGCAGCUGAGUCUGAACGAGACAGAAGGAAUACGCUAGCUACGGAAAAGCCGCUCGAAAAGCCGAAUUCUGAAAACGGGAAUCAAGCGCUUGAAGAAAACACCUUGAAAAAUGUUGAAGAAGAGAAGGAUGCAGAAAACAGGGAAAAGCAAGAGCCAGAGGUGGCUGCAGAAGAAGCAGUCAAGCAGGAGGCGAGGAAGGUAACAAGACUGGCACGCAAUGACGGGCAGCCGCCCGCUAAGGAGAUUCAGCCAGCCGCCAAAAGAGCCAGAAAGGGCUCGUCCGUGGAGAGAACUGCAGAGGCCAGCGAAUUGGAGAGGCCAAGGCGGCGGGGCCGCAAACCGUCCGCCGAGGUACAGCCAAUCCUCGAGGAAAAGGAAGUCAUCACGAACACGAGACGGGGACGAAAGCCGUCCAAGCAAUCAUCAGAGGAGGCAAAGGACAACGAAGCACAGCCGAAGACGGAGGAGAUUCUGAAUCCCAUCACAGAGGACAACAUGCCUUCCGAACAUGUUAAACAAAUGGAUCCACCAAAGCGAAACCAGGAGGAAUCCAAGGAGCUGCUCCCUUCGACAACAAAGCGUGGACGCGGACGUCCUCCAUCAGCGGAGAAGGAUCAAGCACGGAAGGCCAAAGCCCAGAACCUCCUGGCAGCCGUCAAAGUAGAUCAAACAGUGGACUCCGCGCCAAAGAAGCUCCCAAAACGAGUUCGCAAAACACCCGAAGUGGUCCAGGAGGAGCAUAUGGAGGUUAUGCCUGAGACAUCAAAGCGAAACAGACGAGCUCCAACAGCAGAGAAGGAGGCCACAAAGGAUGAUCCACACAUCCCCAAAACCCAGGAGCAUCUGGCAGCCAUCAUAGAAGAUCCACCAGCUCUGGAUGAACCAAAGAAGACCCUGAAACGAGCCCGCAAGUCCUCAGAGCUUGUAAAAACCGAGGAGGCCAGUCAGCAGCCGGCUAAAGAGGGCCAGCCAGAUGCCCAGGCAGAUAGACCCAAGCGACGUGGACGCAAACCUUCCAUGGAUGUGGAGGUGGCAGCUCCGGAGGUGCCCGAGCAUCCCAGGCGCCGAGGACAGAAAGCAGAUCCAACACCAGAGAAAGAAUCAGCCUUAAUGAAGCCCGUGGACCAUCAUCUGGAGGAGAUCGCUGAGGAAAUCGAGCGAGAGCCAGAGCCAAAGAAGCUGCUGCUGGACGAGGAGGAGCCCAAGGCACGGCGACGCGGACGCAAAGCCACAGCCGAGACGACGGAUGUCCCAGUGGAGCAUGUCGAGGCUGCCAGCUCUCGGCGGCGCGGACGCAAGGCGACCGUGGAGGAGGGCACGGCCGACCAGGUGGAGCCCAAAUCAAAGCGUCACAGCGGAGAGGGCCCACCACUGGAGACUCCUCUUCCCGAGAUCCAGGAAGCAUCAACGGUAAAGCCAACGCGACGCGGUCGCAAACCAAGCGUGGAUGUGGAUACAGCAGAGAAGAAGCAGCCAACGCGAGCUCUCCGGAAGCCAUCGACGAGUGUCGACGAGGGGACACCCCAAGCCAAAAAGACAACGGCACGAAGAGGACGCAAAGCUUCCGCCCAAGCUGAAGGUAUCGAUGCACAGAAAAAUGUGCAGGAUGUGACCACAGAGUUGUCAGCCACCGUUACUGCCACCACUUUGGCCUCCGCAGAGAAGCCCAACGAUGGGGUAUACCCCUCGCCCUCCCACACCGAGGAUGAACUGACGCCGCGUCGACGCGAGGGACGCAAUCUUCCACGGAAGAACUACACAGAAGUUCCCGACGAUGACAAGCCCAGCUCUGGAUCACGGCGUAACCGAAAGCCGGUGACCAGCGGCAAGGCAGCAGCUGCCAAGACGCUCGAGAUGGAGGUGCAUCCCACCACGCCAACACCCUCUCAGAAGGGGCCACCGAUCGAAGAGGCAGUCAGAGCUACCCCAGCCACUCCAGAGAUGGCCACGGUGACCUUGCCGGACCCCACAACUUCGCAGAGACGUGAGGGACGAAAUCUGCCGCGCAAGAACUACACAGAAGCCCCCGACGAUGACAAGCCGACCCCGUCCCGCAGCCGGCGCCAAAGGAAUCCGACGGUCAAGGCCCUGGAGCUGAUUGUGGACACCACGCCCAGACCAGCCACGCCCAGGCGACGCAGGGGAAAGGCCGGCACUGAGGAGCCGCACGAGGAAGCGCCUGCAGCGAAGAAGGUGGCCGAGGAAACAGAGGUAGCAACGGUCGCCGCAGUCAAAGGACGUGGCACCCGGCGCAAGGCCGAGGAUGAGGCUGAAGCAGAUUCUGCAGCGCCCACCAAGCAUGCGGCACGAGCAGGCAACGCACGCAAAGCCAAGGUCGAGACUGAGCCAGAUUCAGAGGACCAGCCGGCCACCAAGAAAGCACGUGGCGGAGCCCGUGCUAAGACACCAGCGGUGAUCAUUUCUGACGAGGAGUCUGCAGAGCAGCCCGUGGUGGCUGUGUCCGCCAAAAAACCAGCCGCCCGUGGACGCGGACGAGCUGCCAAGGCAGUCCCAAUUGUCGAGCCAGAGGCAAUGCAGCCCGUUCCGUCGGCGGAAGCCGCUGCCCCCUCAGCCUCGACGGCACGCAGCGGCCGUGCCAAGAAGGUGCACUUCGAGGCCACUCUCCCAGUGGCAGAUUCCGCCACCAGCAACGACGAGGCGCCCAAGAGAGCGACACGCUCCCGCCGCAAAUAAGGAACUUCAUUUGCAUCUUGCAUUUGCCCCAUUGUUUAUACAUAUAUAAAUAUUCUCUAUCGUACAAUUGUUUUUAAGCUUUCACACAUUUUACGAACUUCUGUAUAAAAUAAAAUUACAUCUAUGCAUGGCUA